UCCUGUUGAACCUCGGUGUAAGAUUGUCUCGUUAUGGCUUCAGAGGAGCAGGAUCAAAUGAGUGUCCUCACUCACCUGUCGAACAAAGCCAUCCAGGAGUAUGAAGGCCUGCAGAGGAAGCACGAGACUGCAACCAUGGAGUGCCACAGGCUGCAGGAGGAGAGAGACGAGGCCUUCAAGAAACUUGAUGAGUUCCAGCAAGUUUCUCAGAUGGUCAUUGAAGAGGUCUCUGCCAUUCAGGAGAACCUAGAGAUCGAGAGGACAUGCAGGGAGAGUGCUGAAGCCCUGGCCUCCAAGCUGAACCGCCAGAAUCGCUCUCUGAAGAGGAAGAGCAUGAUGCUGUUGUCCCACCUCAGCCCAGAGACCAUCACUGAGAUCAACCUCCAGGACGAAGAGGAGGUGGAGGAGGAGCCACAUGGAUCCAAAGAGGUCUGCCUCUCCCCUCCGUGUCUGACCACCAUCUCAGAGCUUCAAAGUAAGCUGGAACUCAAACAGAAGGAGAAAGAUGAGGCGUUCGCUGAUCUCGAGGCAGUGAGAGAGCAACUCAGGGAAACCAGAGAGGAGCUGCUGAAAGAGAAACAUGAUAACACGGUUUUAAUCUCUGAAGCGCUGCGACUGAAGAAGCUCCUGGGCAAAUAUAACAGAGUGUCUCAGUUUGCUGUUGAAGAAUUUGAGACCUUACAGGACACCCUGAACCUGGAGCGGGACCUGAGGACAGAGGCUGAGAAGUUUGCCAGAGAGAUGGUGGUGGAGCAGAAGCAGUUGAGGAGACAGAGUCAGAUCCUGAUGCAGAGCUCCUUGCCCAGUCAGGCUCUACAGGACGCUCUCGGCCAGGUCACCAGACUGACCAAAGACCUGGAGUCUCAGAGGCUGGAGCAUGAGAAGCAGAUAAAGCAGAUGGAGGACACGCUGAGGAGCUGUGAGGCUCAGAAGGAGCUGACAGCGCUGAGGCGUAAACUGGAGCUCGUGGAGGAGGAGAAGACGGAUUACCGUGACAAAUGCUCCAAGGCUGAAGUAGACGUCAAAGAUCUGCGCUUCACAGUUGAGGAACUCCAGAAGAAACUGCAGGCAGCUACCAACCCACCCCCAGCUCCAGCACCUCCACCUCCCCCACCUCCCCCUCCUCUUCCUCCUCCAGCACCUUCAGCCUCCAACCCCCUCAGCGCUCUGUUGUCAAUGAUCCGAAGGAAGAAAGAUGUUAGCACCGACAUCCCCCUGCUGGCCCAGGACUCUGUCGACACACCAGGGGUCGACGUCAGGCAGCAGGCCGUGGACGAAAUGAUGCAGAGGAUCAAGAAAGGUGUUCAACUCCGACCUGUCGGCCAGUCACCCACCAGGGCCAGGAGACGGAUGGAGAGGCUGCCCUCUAAUUCUGCCUAUCAAGAACUUAAAGGAAUCAUGGAAAGUUUCAACAGGCCCUCCCCCAAACCGAAGGCAGCGCCUCCGCCAACAACCGACCGGAGCGAGGAGCUGCGGAGGAUCCUGCUGAGACGGAGGGAUGUCCUCGAGUCCCAACACACCAACGGUCACAAUCCCGUCCUCUCUCCUGCACUGUGAAACCUGCCAACAUGAAAUUCCUCCUGCUCAGACUGGAUGUGGGCAACAGGAGAUCAGAUGAUGCAAAAUCAAUAUCCAGUAUUUAUAUUACACAAUGCAUUCACAAUAAUCAUUUGAAUGUGUGAUGAGGAAUGCUGUGGUAUUGAUCGUAUGCAGAUUCCAUAUGAGGGAGAAAACCAGACAUGGUGGUAGUGAAUCCAGCCGGAGGUUACACAGUAUGAAUGAAUGAGUGAAUUAUAUUGAAGCCCUUUAAUUUCAGUGAAAUGAAAGCCGUGCAUCCCACACCGCCUUUUCAGGGUUCAUUCAGCUCUUUUUGUAACACUGAAGGUGAAGCCCAAUUUAUUGUUUGCACUGCAAGGAACAGUGCGGCGUGCUCUGCAGCCUUGAGCUUCUGCCAAAGAAAAGUGUGUCUCUGAAUUGUUCCGUCUGAACCAGUGUUAACCUUGUAGCCCCCCCAGUGAGCAAUUACAGGCCGCCGUACGGGCACACUUUGUUUCCCCUGCUCGGCUCACACACCCGUAGCUUCUCAGGACAACAUUUUGUACGUCGAGCACUGCCUCCUCGCCGUGUCUGCACGUUUCACCUCGAGGAAACACGACAAAUCUGUGCAUCAGUUUUAAAACUGAGCAAUCAAAUCCAAUGUGAUAUACAGAUCUCUGCUUUAAUAACAAACCACACACAGUCUGCGUUAGUGUAGGGGUUCUGUGACGGUGAGAGAUUUCAUUCAAUUUCUGCAUCUCAGAAUUUGCAGAUACCUUGCAUCUACAGGAAAAAGUCACACCAUGUUGUCAGAAAGUUCAGCUCUGAAGGUGUAUCCUUUAUUUUAAUGUUGGUUUAUUCAGAGAACUAAUGUGUAAGAAAAUCAGUGGAGGGAUUUAAUCUGUAAUGAAGGGCCUCUCGUUUUGACAUUAAAGAAC